AUGGCGGCGGCGGCGCCGCUGCCCCCGGCGGCGCGGGCGCCCCCUGGCGGUGCCGCGGGGCGGGCGGCGGCGGCGGGUCCGGGGGGCGCGGCCCCGGGGGCGGCCCGGGCCGAGGGCGCUGAGGGGCUGUUCGUGGUGCUGGGAGCGGGGCUCGCCGCCGCCAGCCACCCGCUGCUCUACGUCAAGCUGCUCGUCCAGGUUGGGCAUGAGCCACUACCUCCAACCGUUGGAAGAAACGUGCUGGGAAGGAAAGUCCUGUACCUGCCCGGCUUCUUCACCUACGCCAGACAUAUUGUGGAAGUAGAUGGGAAAAGAGGCCUCUUCCGCGGACUUACUCCUCGCCUCAUCUCAAGCACUUUAUCAACCAUUACCAGGGGGAGCGUGAAGAAGGCCUUUCCACUGGAGGACAUGGAGCAUGUUUCUAACAAGGAUGAUGUGAAGACCUCCCUUAGGAAAGUGGUGAAAGAGACAUCUCAUGAGAUGAUGAUGCAGUGUGUGUCCCGGGUUGUCUCGCAUCCGCUGCACGUGAUCUCUAUGCGCUGCAUGGUCCAGUUUGUAGGCCGGGAAGUCAAAUACAGCGGUGUGUUCAGCGCCAUCGGCAGGAUAUUUAAGGAAGAAGGGAUCCUGGGAUUCUUUGUCGGUUUAGUCCCUCACAUCCUGGGGGAUGUCAUCUUCCUCUGGUGCUGCAACCUCUUGGCUCACUUCAUCAACACCUACGCAGUGGACGAUAACUUCAGCCAGGCAUCAGUGAUCCGGAGCUACACAAAAUUUGUGAUGGGGAUCGCUGUGAGCAUGCUGACGUACCCAUUCCUUCUUGUGGGAGAUCUCAUGGCAGUGAACAACUGUGGGUUGCGCGCUGGCCUCCCUCCCUACGCUCCCGCAUUUACAUCCUGGAUCCAUUGCUGGAGGUAUCUCAGUGCUCAGGGGCAGCUGUUCCGCGGCUCCAGCCUGCUCUUCCGCAGAGCGCCCAUGCCAGCCACCUGCUUCCCCAUCGACUGACUCCUCGGCAGGGAGAAGGGAUGAACGUGGACUCUUCAAGAAACCCUAAGCUUGUUUCGAUAUAUGUAUUUUUUUCUUUUCGAUCCAAAGUCCGUGGUGCCAGAACAAGACACCUCCUCUCCAGCAAGGCCAGCAGCAAGUUGUCUUCUGGAGAUCUGGCUUCAGGCUCCAGCUGGACCAAAGCCCCAUUCUCGUGGCUGUCUCGACCAGGAUGUGUAGCAGAGAGAGCAGAAGGGAGUGGUCUUGUCUCUUUAGUCCAGGCUGUAGCUCUGGAGGCACUGGGACAGUCUGGGAAACCAGAAAAUGCCCAGGUACUAAACGAGCCAGUUCCAGGAUGCAGGGACAAAAGACUGCUUCGUUCUGCCUGAGCUGAGAAGCAGCCAGAGAUCCAAGGUCGCCUUGCUGGGCAGGCUACGCCAGCUGACCAGCCUCCCCUCUCAUCUCUUCUGGAGAGGGCAAACAUUUGUGUGGCAGGUAGCUCAUCCUGGGCGAGAUCAACCCUGUGACCCGUACUUAAGGUUUUGAGGGUACCUUAACACUAGGGAGCACACCACCUCCCAUGGCAUGAAAGGGAAAUUACAGUAUCAAAACAGAAAAGGGAAGCGGAGUCCCACUGCAAAGAGCAGCACAGUCCCAAAAAGACAGGUACAGCUUGGCUCCAGGGCAGGGCUGGGACUUGGACAUGGAGAGAGCACUUGAGGGAUGUGCACUGCAAAUGGUAGCUGCUUUGGGAAGGCUUUUUGCAGCGGGACAGGCUGUAUUUAGGAUACACCCCACAGAGCUGCUGGGUGUGACCUGGGCAGGCAGCCUCUAGGCAUUUCUCAGGAGAGAUGGGUCCUGGUUUGAACCAGCCCAUGCUUGGGUGCAGCGUGUCUCUACCAGCACGGCUGCAUGGCACGAGCGUCUCCCAGCCAGCAGGACCAGGAGCCCUUCCGGGCUCCUGCCAAACCGGAGCAUCGCCGCUUCGGAGCAUUGCCGCUUUGCUGAUGGACACGGAGCCGUGUGUUGCGGCACUGGGCUGCUGCGUGGCAGCAUCCUGCUAAUAGCUACACACAGAAGGGCUCGCCUUGCAGGAGGGGCACUUGGUCCUUUGCUGUCUGGCAUGAAGGAAUAAACCUUGAGCUGGCCAAAGGCUUGCGAGGUGUCAGGGUCAAGAGCUGCUCCUCAGGCACGCGGUUGGACUCUAUGAUCUUUCAGCUGUUUUCCAACCUUAGUGAUUCUGUGAUUCUGGGAGCGUGGCCGGCCCUUGCGUAGCAGAGCUCACCAGUGGCAGCAGGGCAGGAUUUAUCCUCGGCUCCCCAGACAAGAGGUUUUUUGCACCAGUCUGUGCUGUCAUGCAGCCAGGCAGAUUUCCCCACUUCUGGUUCCCCCCACGAAGCAGUCUUUUGCACAGAGGUGUUGCUGCACUUCCUGGGAAGAGGUUUUGGGGUCCUCGAGCAGGUUCCCACGUGCUGCUGCAGCAGCAGCUAGGGUCACAUCCCCUCCUGGUCCGCUGGGGACCCCAACCUGCCACCGCACAGGGGGUUUCCUCCAUCAGAUGGGUCUGAUCCACACCUCCCCAGCCAGGGCCUGGGGGACAGCACUGGUACACGCUGGGACCAGUGGUUCCCACCCACCUCCCUUCGGUGUCGUGAAGUCAGUCCUGUCUGUCCUCCCUUCCUCCCAUACAGUUUAUGUUACAGUAACAAAAGUUAAAUAAUGCAUGGCCCUAUUCCCUAACACCAGAGAUUAUUUCAAAGAGGAUUUAACUGUGCUCUGAAAUACAGCUAUAAAA